GCCAGAGAGUCACAACACGACCAUCUUUCUCCUCUGCUUCUCUCAGACAAACGGACACACACACUCUCUCAGGCUCAGCAGAUGGAGAUGAAUCAUCCUUCGUCGCGUUACAGUUACGAACCAGUGUUGCGAUGGGAUCCUGAAGUUGAAGACUACUUCAAUAAAGCUUACGGACCUGACCACUUUGCUCGAAUUUCAAAGGCUCUCACGCGUCCAUCUUGCUACUCCUGCAUUCGGGUGAACACAGUUAAAACCACAAGCGACGCGGUUAUUGAGAAGCUUACGAAUCUCUUAAACGAAUCCGAGGAUGGGUUGAAGCUAGUGCAGUCCGAUGGGAGCAGUCCCAUCUCCAAGUGUCAGAUUCCUGGUUUGGAAUACGUUGUUUUCGUCAAUGGUUCAGGCCCACAUAGAAUUGACUAUGGCUCUAGCCCUGAAACCCCUCCCAAGGAGGUACUUGUGAGCAGGAAGUGUGCUGAAGCAGUCCUCAGAGGAGCCCAGGUCUAUGUCCCAGGUGUACUGGCUUGCACUGCUCAUGUUGAGAAAGGAGAUGCAGUUGCCGUCUGUGUUGCUAUGGAACAACCUAAUGAUGAAGGUGACUGGAGUGUUAAUAUGACUCGUGGCACCACCCUUCAGGGUCAACCCACAGAUCCUUUCUACUGUGAACGCAGUGGACUAUAUAUUGGCAUGGGAACAGCUAUGUUGUCAAGGGCUGGCAUGUUUCGUGUUUCUCAUGGAGUUGCGGUUGAUUUGAACAACAGAGUUUUCAGAUUGCCUUCUUUUCAUAAUGUCCUGGAGGGAGAAAUAUUUCUUCAAAACCUGCCAAGUAUUGUUGCUGCUAAUGCUCUUGAUCCUCAGAAAGGGGAGAGAAUACUAGAUAUGUGUGCAGCACCGGGAGGGAAGACUACUGCAAUAGCUAUACUUAUGAAUGAUGAAGGAGAGAUAGUGGCAGCAGAUAGAUCUCAUAACAAAGUGCUGGAUGUCCAGAGAUUGUCUGCUGAGAUGGGCUUAACUUGCAUAACAACAUGUAAAUUGGAUGCGCUAAAAUCUGUUUGUCUUCCGAGCACACUCAGUGAUUCAACAACAUCAGUUAACGGUGAAAACAGUGGUUCUAUGAUCAGCCAUUCUGAAUUAUCAUCAAAAGAGGAAAUAGCAUCUGAUGCUUCUAGAACAUCUGAGGCUGAAAACUCGGGCGAGAAAAAUGAGAGCACUAAACAGCGAAAUGGAGGGGAUAACGUUAGCCAAUCUGAAAUCAGGAAGAAUAAGGGAAGGCUGAAAAAUGGUCGCGGAAGGACUCAAAGCCAAGGUGGAAGGGCUGGAAAAUCAAAAGGUUUCCCGCCUAAUAGUUUUGAUAGGGUCCUUUUAGAUGCUCCUUGUUCUGCUCUUGGCUUGAGACCUCGUCUUUUCGCUGGGCUGGAGACUGUAAUAUCUUUGAGAAACCACGGAAGGUACCAGCGUAAAAUGUUUGACCAGGCUGUUCAAUUGGUUCGCGUUGGUGGAGUUCUCGUAUACUCAACAUGCACAAUUAACCCUAGUGAGAAUGAGGCGGUGGUUCGCUAUGCUCUAGAUAAAUACAAAUUCCUUUCCUUAGCACCACAGCAUCCUAGGAUUGGAGGCCCUGGUCUAGUUGGCCGAUGUGAAUUUCCCGACGGAUAUGUCGAGGAGUGGUUAAAACCAGGUGAAGAAGAAAUGGUUCAGAAGUUCGACCCGUCAUCUGAGCUCGAUACCAUCGGUUUCUUCAUAGCUAAGUUCAGCGUUGGCCCCAAAGAUUAAGAUAUCCAGAAUACUGAUUCCUGAUCCAAAGACAUUUCCACACAAAAGACAAUGGUGGUUUGUAUUGAUCUCGAUUUCUAAAAAUGAUAAUAGUAUUUGUAACAACAUACAAAGUUUUACACAUGAUUACAACAAUCCCUUUAGUUGGUUCCUU